AUGCUCGCAGCUGCACCGCUCAUCGUAGCCCUUCCGCCUGCGCAGCAGCCAGGUGACUACGAUGCGGCACUACGCAAGGCUCUGCUCGACCCAGCCAGUCAGCUCGGCGCCUACCUCAAGAAUUCCACCCAGACCCUUGUAUCCGGCACGGGAAACUCUUGGGCCGACACGGUGUACAAGGCCAGCCCUGAGUGAGCGAGCGAGAAAGGUGCUGCGCUGCAGGCGACCAACCCACUCACCUCUGAAUCCUUUUCUUUUCAUUUCUUCCCCUUUGGCCAGAGCACGCAAAGUCACGCUGCCCAAGCAGCCGCUCGAGGAUCUGCGAAACGCCAUACAGGGUAUAGGAUACGCGGGAUCUCUAGCAGAGAACCGCGGCUACAUUUUCCAACCAGACGAUGCCGAUCGCGCCUUUACCGGCAACUGGACUUUUCUCGUCUACCAGCAAUUCCAUCACGUGCUCACCGAGAGCUUGUUCGUGGAGCGCGCAAACAAGCUCGAGGUGCAGAGCCAAAUCGUCGGUGGUGUGACGCAGAUCCGAUCUGCUUGGAAAGAUGCUUGGCCAAAGCUCUUUGGACGACUGUGAGUGGACUGACAAAGCCCCCAGUGCCAGUCAAGUCUGUCCCACUUGCUCGCUGCUCGCGACUCGCUCAUGCCAUGCCCUUUCAAUCUCGCCCCCCCGCUUCCCCGCGAUCAGCUCCGACAAGUGGGAAAGCAAAAUCGAAGUGGGGCACAACGUUGAGCAGUUCGAUCAGUGGUUCUCGGACAUCCUCAAGGCGUAUUCCAAAUGA